ACCUUUGCUGUACGUCAGUUGGUAGUGACAGUGUUUGUGUGUUUAUGGGGAAUACGCUUAUCAGCUUAUCUAUUGUACAGAAUGAUAAAAAUAGGUGAAGCCCAAAGAUGUCUUAAUAAAUGGAAUAAUUUAUGUACUUUUCUCGGGUUUUGGACAUUCCAGGCUAUCUGGGUUUAUGUCGUGAGCCUUUCUGUCAUAUUUAUCAACUCGCCAAGGUCAGAUACAAACGAGCAUUUUUCAGUCACCGAUUACAUGGGAAGUGUUUGCUUCGGUAUCGGCUUACUGCUUGAAGCUGCAGCUGACCAUCAGAAAUUCACCUUUCGUCGGCUAGAGGAAAACGACGGCAAAUGGUGUGACACAGGUUUAUGGAACUUAUCGAGACAUCCUAACUACUUUGGUGAGAUUCUAGUGUGGUGGGGUAUUUUUAUCAUGAGUACUAAUGUACUGCAGGGAGCACAGUGGACUGCAGUAUUGAGUCCAAUCUUUGUCACUUUUAUGCUUUUGUUUCUCAGUGGUAUACCUUUAUUAGAGAAGAAUGCAGAUGCAAGAUAUGGCAGACAAGAUUCAUACAUACAGUACAAGGCAAGGACGAGUCCACUGGUGCCGCUCCCCACAGGAAUAUAUAGCAAAUUACCACAUUCCUUGAAAUGCUUUUGUUGUUGUGAGUUCCCGUUCUACAAUUCUACCAAGAAGACUGUUAGCAAUGAGAUGGAAAGUGUGGUUGUGGAACCCUGUGAAAACACAACCAUCAAUGCAUAA